CGGAGGUAACGGGGCGGAGGGGACAAUAUACGGGGCUGCCACGGCGCCGUCGGAGCCCUCGGUGCGGAAUCCCCGCGGGGGGCGGUCCGGCCCGCAGGGAAAGCGCUGCGAGGCUCGGACGAGCCGUCCUCAUGUCCCGGUACCGGCUGGUUCUCCCGCGGCGGCCGGGACGCAGGCUGUGCGGGGCCGCCUCCCCCCCGGUUCCCCAGGGCGUAGCGGGGCCCGGACAGCGCUCAGUGAGCGCCCUGGCAGGUUCACCGCUCAGCUCUUGCGAGGAGGGGCUGGGGGAGCUGGGGCUGUUUAGCCUGGAGAAGAGGAGGCUGCAGGGAGACCUCAUCGCCCUCUGCAGCUCCCUGGAAGGAGGUUGCAGAGAGGAACCUUUCCUGUGAUGGUGAAUGAGAGGCACAAUGGCAACCUGCUUGUGCACCUGGGACCCAAACUGCAGGCCUGCCCAGAGGAGCUGCUCCGGCAGCGGCGAGGCCAUGACGGCCAGCCCGAGUACCUGAUCCAGUGGAGCAUUGUCAGCUUGGAAGAGAGAGCAGCAGGAGGCGGCAGCACCUCCUCUGCAGAGACCAAGCUGGAGAACAUCUCGAUGUGGAUGUCUGCGGAAGAGGUGUGUGCCAGCUGCCCGGCGCUGCUGGGUAAGAGGAAGCUGGAAGGGCAGUGGGGGAAAGAGGAGAAGGCAGCCGGCCCGUUGGCUGCUGAUGUCCCGCUGGAUGAAGCCUUGCUGCUGGAGAUGAAGGCUGAUGUCAGGAGCCUGGUGCAGCGAGCUGCACGGCAGAUGGCUGAGAGUGGGGCCUACGAGUCCUCCAUCCUCAACACCAUCCACGUGCUGAGCGCAUACGCCAGCAUUGGCUCACUGGCGGGUGCAUUCAGGGAGACGGGAGCCCUGGACUUGCUGAUGAAGAUGCUGUGCCACAAGGAGAAGCAGAUCCGUCGCAGUGCUGGCAAGAUGCUGAGGGCCCUGGCUUCGCAUGAUGCAGGGAGUUGGGCCUAUGUCCUGCUGUCCCUGAGCCAGCAGGAUGGCAUUGAGCAGCACAUGGACUUUGACAGUCGCUACACCUUGCUGGAGCUGUUUGCUGAGACAACAUCCUGUGAAGAGCAAUGUGUGUCCUUUGAGGGGAUUCACCUUCCCCAGAUCUCUGGGAAGCUGUUGUUCAUCCUGGUGAAGCGCUACCUGUGUGUCACUUCUCUCCUGGAGAAGCUCAGCAAUGGCGUGGAGCAGGGAGGGGAGCAGCAGGACUGCUCCAUGCCCAGCCCACUCACCAAGGAGAGGAGCCGCGUGAAGCAGGAGUUUGAGUUCAGCAUGGCUAUGGCAAACCUCAUCUUGGAGCUGGUGCAUGUGAUGGGCUGGGACCACAGCCACGAGCCAGAGUCACUGCCCCAACAGGAGCUGCAGCCUCACAGCACCCGCUCCAUCUUCCAGCAAGGGGCUGCAUCCUGCACCGCUGCUCCAGCAGCCCCCAGUCCUCCACCAAAAGAGACCAGCAUCUUCAAGACACGCUCAGCCUUUCCAAGCCGCAGCAGCUACGUGGAGUACGUGCAGGCAAACCUGGUGCGCGGGAUGCGGGUGCGAAUGCUAGAGGACUACGAGCAGGUCGGUGCAGGUGACGAGGGUGACUUCCGCCAGAGCAAUGAUGGCACGCCGCCUGUGCAGGUGUACUGGCAAGCACUGGGCUGCACAUACUGGGUGCACUGGCAUAUGGUGGAGAUCAUUGGUCCUUUGGGGCAGGAGGAGCAUGAGGGCCAGGAGAAGGUGUCCACCUUGGCACACAACCGCAGACUGGCAGCAGCUGCUCAGCCGUUUUUCUGCAAGCCCUUUGGGGGGCUGUACUCCGUGCCUUACCUGGGGGAGUCCCUGCCUUGCCUGGGGGAGCAGCCGAGCACCCUGAGCCGUGCCGAAUGGUGGGAGCUGCUCUUCUUUGUGAAGAAGCUGGAAGCGCAGGAGCAGGAAGAGAUCAUCAGUCUCAUCCAGCAGGAGCAGGGAGAACAGCUGUCAGAGGUGGAUGAAGAAGCCCUGAUCCAGCUGUCCGUCCCCACAAAGUUGGCCCAGAAGGUGCUGCAGGUCUUGGAGAAGCGGUGCCAGGGCAGUGUUCAGCGUGACCUGCAGAGCUCCCACAUCUACAUCAAAUACUUCCCCCACUGUGGGACCGAGCAGGAUGGCUCGGGGAGCACCACAGUGUCCUUGGAGGGUGCCGGCUGUAGGAGCACUGGCCCUGAAGUUGUGCCGGCCAAGGCAGCCAAGGAGGACCUUUCCACAGCCACAGUGCUACCCCAAGCCCCUGCUGAGAUGUUGAAGUCAGAUUCCCAGCUGUUCAGCGAGCUCCUUGAGAGGGAAGGGCUGUUCUUCCCAGAGGUGACGGAGGAGCAGAUGAAAGCAUUGGGCAUCUCUACCGGAUUGAGUGAGAGGGGCUCACUGGCCAAGAUUGCAGCCGUGGUGGACGUGAUCCAGAGCAGCAGCUCAGAGCUGGGACUGCGCUUGGCCGGCCUCAAGCAUAUCUUGAAGGUCCUGGAGGAGGAGCCUGAGUCUGAGCAGCAAUUUGGCAAAAGCCAGGGCAGACUGGGGACCAGGAGUGUUGGGGAGAAGCUGGUGAAAAUGACAGUGGAGCUGCUGAGCACGGAGGUGUCAGAGAAGGCGCUGGUGGUGGUGACGCUGCGGCUGCUGGCCGUGCUCCUGGCGAAGCAUGACUGGCGCGUGUCGUUUGCCACGGAGGGCGGUGUGCGGGCUGUGCUGGCCCGCAUGCAGCAGCACGCUGCCUCUGCCCUGGUGCAGCAGGCUGGCCUGGCGGCCCUCAGGGUGCUGGUGGGAGCUGUGUCCAGUGAGUCAGGAGGUGCCGGUGGGAAGGCCUUGCCCCUGAGCCACGGAGACGCGCAGAUGAUGCGGGAGAUCUUUGCUAGCAUCGGCUCUGCCUCCAGUGAGGGCUCGGCAAGUCUGCUGAGUGCCAUCCCUGCUGCCACGAGCACCAUGCAGAGGGUGCCAGGGGGCUCCUCGGGCGUGCGGAAUGGCUUGCUGGUGGUGAACAUGCUGAUUGACGGCCACCGGGGCCUGGCGGAGCAGCUGGUGAGCUGUGAUCUCCCCGCGGUGCUGCAGAGCUGCUGGGGCAACGGGCAGAUAACCAGCUGUGCUCAUGCAAUGCUGGCCCUCAGCGCAAUGAACCGCCUCACGGAGCACCAAGUGCCCCUGGGCCCGGAGAUGGCAGGCAGAGAGGCCCCGCUGGAUCUGAGGGAACUGCAGGUGCUUCUGGGCAGUCUAGAGGAUGACACCUUGUCCAAAGACAUGGUGGUGGCCCUGGAGCGGCAGCUCUGUGGAGAAGGCCCAGUCCCUUCUGGCGAGGCGGCCUGUCUGCUGCAGGACCAGAAGUGUUUCCGGCUGCUACUGCGCAGCUUGGAGCUGCUGGGGGCGGAGAAGGCCAUGAGCCUGAGCAUCCUCAGGAUCCUGAACAAGUUCCUGGACAGUUACCAGGAGGACAUGCUGCCCUGGCACGAGUGUGUGGAGCCCUGUUUGUCCUCCCUGAGCGCCCACAGCAGCGACCGGGAGGUGGUGCAGGAGGUGGUUGGCUUCCUACACCGCCUGGGCACUAGCAGCAAGGACUGUGCGGUGGGGAUGUGCCGUGUGGGUGCCUGCGAGGCUCUGUCCAAAACCCUGGAGAAGCACAGCACGGCCCCAUCACUGGCACCAGCCUUGCUCGACCUGGUGACUGACUGUGAGAAGUUUGCCAGCCUCCACAAGAAGCUGACGACAGGCAUCUUGGCCGGCUGCAUCCAGCUGGUCCUGGGGCAGAUCGAGGAGCAUCGCCGGAGCCACCGGCCCAUUAGCAUCCCCUUCUUUGAUGUCUUUCUGCGCAACCUGUGCCGAGGCUCCAGCGUGGAGGUGAAGGAGGACAAGUGUUGGGAGAAGGUGCAGGUCUCCUCCAACCCGCACCGGGCCAGCAAGCUCACAGAUAGGAACCCGAAGACCUACUGGGAGUCAAACGGCACCACUGGCUCCCACUUCAUCACUGUCCACAUGCAGCGUGGUGUGGUGGUCAGGGAGAUGAGCAUGCUGGUGGCCAGUGAGGACUCCAGCUACAUGCCAGCCCGCGUCGUGGUGUUGGGGGGGGACAGCCCGGCCACCAUCAGAACGGAGCUCAACGCAGUGACCGUCCUGCCCUCAGACAGCAGAGUGAUCCUGCUGGAGAACAUGACCCGCUUCUGGCCCGUCAUCCAGAUCCGAGUGAAGCGGUGCCAGCAGGGCGGCAUCGACACACGUGUGCGUGGCAUCGAGGUGCUGGGUCCCAAGCCCACUUUCUGGCCCAUCUUCAAGGAGCAGCUGUGCCGGCGAACGUUCCUCUCCUGCACUGCUCGGGCUCAUGCCUGGUGCCAGGAGAUCCGCCGGGAUCGGAGGAGACUACUGCAGCUCUUUGACAGGCUGAACCGGGCACUGCGGCACGAGCAGGUCUUCGCCGACAGCUUCCUUCCCGACAAGGAGGCAGCACGGGCCUUGGGCAGGACGUGCUGGGAGGCUCUGGUGAACCCCUUGGUGCAGAGCAUCACCAGCCCAGAUGCCCUCGGUGUGAGCCCCCUGACCUGGCUGCUGAGCGAGUACCUGGAGAGCGUGGAGCCACCCGGCCAUGUGGCGAGCCACGGUGCCAUCUUUGGUUCCCGUGUGCGGCGCCUGACCCAGCUCCUGGUGCACGUGGACCCCGGCGGCCCCGAGACAGAGGAGGCGAGAGGGGCCGGUGAGAAGGAGGGGAAGAACAAGGAGGUGCCGGCCAAGGCUGCGAAGGCGUCAGUGGAGAAGGCGAGCAGCCUGCAGGGCAUCUCGCAGUGCUGGCGUGGUGUGGUGCAGCAGCAGGUGCAGCGGUUCCUGGAGGUGGCAGGGCAGGCACCAGACCUUGUGGAGCGAUACUGUGAGCUGUACCAGCGCCUGCGUGGCGCCACGGAGGAGCUUUUUGGGCAACGGGCUGUCUUUGUGUUGGUGCUGGGCCAGGGCUUCGCGGGGGCUCUGCUGCAGCUCCCCUUCCUCACCACCCUGCACGUGAGUGAGCAGUUUGCCCGCUACCUCGACGGGCAGAUCCAGGAGCUCCACAAGGCUGUGGGCAGCGCAGGGCCGCCACGGCGGCUGCAGCAGAUCCUGGAGCCCUUCGUCAUCUUCAGUGGGCUGGAGCUCACCCACACCUUCGAGCACUUCUACCGGCACUACCUGGGGGACCGGCUCCUGGCACAGGGCUCGUCUUGGCUGGAAGGAGCUGUCGUGGAGCAGAUUGGGCUGUGCUUUCCCAGCCGCUUCCCCCAAGAGAUGCUGAGCAACUUGGCCGAGUCAGAGGAGCUCCAGCAGCAGUUCUACCUCUUCCAGCUGCAGGAGCAGGACAGGCGACUGCUGGAGCUGGACACAGGCCUGGACAAGGCACUGGGGUCGGCCUCGGUGGCGGAUGUGCCAGAGGUGAAGGUGCUGGCCUUGUCCCCACGCUGUUGGCCCGUUUCCCCGUUCUGCUACAUGGAUGAACCUGGGAGGUUUUUCCCGGACGCCCUGACCUCCCCCCUGGAUGAGUUUGCCAACUUCUGCAGGCACAGGCAGCACCAGCUGGGCUGGGAGUGCACAAAGCCCCGGCGGUUGCAGUGGACAUGGCUGGGCCACGCGGAACUGCAGUUCGGAGACUGCAUCCUGCACGUGUCCACGCUGCAGAUGUACAUCCUGCUGUGCUUCAACAGCACCCAGGAGGUGGCCGUGGAGGCCCUGCUGCAGGCUACAGGGCUCCCAGCUGAUCUGGUACACCAUGCGCUGGCGCCGCUGACCCACAGCGAGGGUGUCCUGCUGCAGAGCUGUGCGCUGGGAGCUCCAGGUGUGCUGCGGCUGAACCAGGCAGCCCUGGCCCGUGCCUCUGGCCGCCACCUGAGGCUGCUGCCCCGGCAGAGGUACCUGCGGGUGGAGAGGGCUGAGGCCAGUGCCCUGGAGAGGAAGAGGAACAUCCUCUGCUGCCUCAUCACCCGCAUCCUGAAGGUGGAGAAGCAGCUGCACAUUGACAACCUGGUGUUCAGGGUGAUCGACACCUGUCAGAAGGGCGAGCUGGGGCCAGGGCUGCGGUUCCUGAGCUUCUGCUGCCACAGCGUGGAUGUGCUGUCCUGCAUCCUGCACCUGCUGAACCAGGGCUACCUCCAGCGCCAGGAGGAGAGGCCUCACGUUUUGGAAUAUGUCUCUGCUGAACCCCCACCACCUCCUGCCUCCCAGGUCCAGCCCCAAGUUGCCUUCCAGACUGUAGAGAUCAAGAUGGCCGCAUGCCCGGUCUCUGCUGAGAGGAAACAGACUUUUUCCACCUUCAGGUAGAGAAGGACCUGGCCAGGCCGAGGGCACACAGGCUGGGUCUAGUGCCUCCCUGAGUACUUGUUUGUUUUCAAUAAACGAGCCAAGCUGCACCCAGCACCAGUGCAUUCUCUGUCGGGGCUCAGCUGGGUUAGUGGCCAGGCAGCCCUGGAGCGGUGGUAGUAACUGCACCCUCCCUGCGUUUCACAGAACCAUAGAAUCAUUUGGUUGGGAAAGACCUUUGUGAUCAUUGGGUCUGACCAUACCUGUCCACUACUAAACUGUAUCCCUGAGCACCUUGUCUACCUGGCUUUUAAAUCCCUCCAGGGAUGGGGACUCAACCACUCCCCUGGGCAGCUGUUCCAGUGCCUGAGAACCAUUUCAGUGAAGAAAUUUUUCCUGAUAUCCAGCCUAAACCUCUCCUGGCACAACUUGAGGCCAUUUCCCUCUGUUGUAUCACUUGUUACUUGGGAGAAGAGACCAGCACUCACCUUGCUACAACCUCCUUUCAGGCACUGCAGAGAGCGAUGAGGUCUCCCCUCAGCCUCCUCCAGGCUUAACAGUCCCAGGUCCCUUAGCUGCUCCCAUAACCCCUGUGCUCCAGACUCUUCCCCAGCUCUGUUGCCCUUCUCU